GAUUGCAAUCAUCGCCGUCGAGGAAGAAGAGUAUAAGUUGAUUGUUGAUUGUUGAUUGCAAUCAUCGCCGUCGAGGAAGAAGAGUCUAAGUUGAUUGUUGAUUGUUGAUUGCAAUCAUCGCCGUCGAGUUGAUUGUUGAUUUUUGAUCAGAACACAGAAGAAGAAGAAGAAGAAGAAGAAGAAGAAGCAAGAAGAAGAAGCAAGAAGAAGCAAGAAGAAGGAGCAAGAAGAAGCAAGAAGAAGAAGAAGAAGAAGAAGAAGAAGGAGCUAUGGCGACUCUUGCUGACUCAUUUCUGGCCGAUCUGGAGGAACUCUCGGACAAUGAAGGUGGCGAUAUCGAAGAUGAGGUUAUGGGUGAUAGUAAUAAUACCCCAAUGGAAGGGGAAGAUGAUGCGUCCGACGAUCUCGAGGCCUUGAAUUAUGACGAUCUGGAUUCCGUUGCGAAGCUCCAAAACAGCGACCGUUAUCUUACGGUGAUCCGGAAGGUUGAUGAAGCACUUGUUCGCGGCGACAGCCAUCUCUCCCACCAUAUGACGGUGAUGAUUGCUGAGGAUGAUCCGGAGUAUCAGUUGAUUGUUGAUUGCAAUUCGAUGAUGGUGGAUAUGGAGAACGAGAUCGGGAUCAUCCACAACUUUAUCCGAGAUAAGUAUAGACCUAAAUUUCCGGAACUAGAAUCUCUGGUCUUGCAUCCCAUCGACUACGCGCGGGUCGUCAAACGAAUCGCUAACGAAAUGGAUUUAACUCUUGUGGAUUUGGAAGGAUUACUUCCCUCUGCGACGAUUAUGGUGGUGUCGGUCACCGCCUCGACGACGAGUGGGAAACCGCUGUCGGAAGAGAAUCUUAAGAAGACCGUUGAUGCGUGCGAUCGUGCGCUGGCGCUGGACGGAGCGAAGACGAAGGUGCUGAGCUUCGUUGAGAGUCGGAUGGCGUUCAUCGCGCCCAAUCUGUCGGCGGUGGUGGGGUCCACCAUCGCCGCGCAGCUGAUGGGAGUGGCAGGGGGAUUGACGGCGCUGUCGAAAAUGCCGUCGUGUAACAUACGCGUGCUUGGCGCGAACAAGAAGAAUCUGGCGGGAUUCUCGACGGCGUCGGCGAUGCCGCACACGGGGUUCAUUUUCCAUUCGGAUAUCGUGCAGAGCACGCCUCCCGCGCUUCGCCAGCAGGCGUGCAGACUUCUGGCGGGAAAGUGCGCGCUCGUGGCGCGCGUUGACGCCAUUCGCGGGGACACCUCCGGCGCUCAAGGUCGGCGAUGGCGGGAAGAGAUCAAGAAGAAGAUCGAGAAAUGGCAGGAGCCGCCGCCGGCCAAGCAACCUAAACCCUUGCCUAUCCCCGACUCAGAACCGAAGAAGAAGAGAGGAGGGAGGAGGUUUCGCAAGAUGAAGGAGAGAUAUGCCUUGACGGACAUGCGCAAGCUGGCCAAUCGAAUGCAAUUCGGCAUUCCCGAGGAGAGUACGUUGGGAGAUGGAAUAGGGGAGGGGUUUGGGAUGCUGGGCCAAGCAGGCAGCGGGCGGCUGCGGCUCGUCGCUAGUCAGAGCAAGUUGGCAGCGAAGGCGGCGAAGAAGCACAAGGAGAAGAGCUAUGGCAGCAGCGGAGCGACGUCCGGUCUCACUUCCAGUCUGGCCUUCACCCCUGUACAGGGCAUAGAGUUGGAAAACCCGCAGGCUAGGACAGCAGCGCAGCAGAGCGGAACCAGCACCUACUUCUCGGAAACAGGAACAUUCAGUUUUGUGAAGAAAAAGUAGUGUUUUUUUUUUUUUUUUGAGGAAAAUUUUU